AGGAUGAUUUCAGAGUAACUGACCCUCUGCACAAGUGGUUUUGAUGUGCAAAGCCAUGUGAGUGCCAGGGUGUGCAUACCCACACAGGCUCCAGCAAUGAUUUCCAGGGAGCAGCAGCUGGCCCGCUCCUCUUGUUAAGAGGUGAUGGGCCUAACAGAUGCAAAUCACUAGAAAUAACCAGGUAAUAAAGAGAAUGUGCUUCCUUCUUAUCUUAAGGCAUCCUACCUUCUCAGUGCCCUGGAGCUGCAGUCCCUCUGGCUUUUCUACACAGGAUGAUCAGAAGCCAGAAGGACCUGCUUGGACACAUUCAUCUAUGAGCAAAAUCCUCCAACAAGGAACUGCUCUUGACUCAGCUCCUCUGCUCGACCCUGUGUGCACUUGGCAGAAGGCAGGAGACAAAUGGUAUUUGGAAGUCAGGACCAUGGCUUUGCAGUCCUGCACCCAGCACAUGCAGUGGGACCUGGGGCAGCAGCAGGACCUGAGGACACGUCUGGUGGGGAGCCUGAUUUAGCUGUUCCUCAGAUUUGUCACUGCAGCUCAGGAGCUACUGGGGGACACCUGGGUUUGGUCUGCAGUGUUCCUGGCCUGUCCACCUCAGAGGUAUUCAACGCCCAAGUAGGUGCUCUCUCUCUCUUUGCUCAUGACUCCUGUGUCCUCCCAACAUCUCCAUUAAAAAGAAACCUCCACCUCUCCCCCUCACUUCCUUUUCGCUGAGACUCUGCUUGGAACUUGCAUAAAUCUUGCCCAAAAAUAACACUGGCUGCUCUCCCAGCUGUGGGCGUCGUGACUCCUGCGCAGGGAAGGGAAGCGAAGGCUGCGAUCAGCUUCGUUUCAUGGCAGAUUUCGGGCAGCCUUGGCACCCCUCCAUCCUUGCUGGUACCAAAUUUACAAGGUUCCUCUCUCCAGCUUUUCACUCUUCUCCUGGGCUUACCUCUGCCUCUCCGAGGCCCUGUCUCUGGAAAGCUGCGGUGUUUUCUUGGCACAGCAGCCUGCGAAACGUGGCACAGACAAGCCAAUAAAAGUAGCCAAUAAACUCGGCGAGUUUUCUUUCCUUGGCUGCGAGUGGCCAAGGCAGCACUGCUUCCUUUGGGAUGACAUUAAAAUGCAGCAGAGAGGAUGAGACAUGGAUCCUUUUCUGUUUGUUUCCCGGCCGUGGAUGAUUUUUCCACUGGUGCGAGAAGAGUUCGGAGUAAAUUUUUUACAAAGGAAAAUAAAGGCAAGAGCCACGAGUGCUGGAGAGCUCAGCCUGGGGUCCCUGCUCUGUUAACCAGCCCUUAGGUCAGUGGCAGCUAAUUAAAACUGGAGUGAAGACCAAGGCUCUGGUGCCCAGCUGGUGUAAAUUGUUCGCAUUCUUGUUAUUUCAAUGAGCUUGAUACCCACAGAUCACCUGUGCUGAUGGCACCCUGCAGGCUCCUGGUGAGAGGCUUGAUAAGGAGAGGAAGGGGAAGUUGUUCCUCUUGGAAAUCCUCCUGCUCUCUCUGUGCAUAGAGGAAGAACAUCAAGGAAGCUUAGCCCUGGCUGAUGCACAUGGGACCUUUGAGACAAGGAACUGGCUUGGCUCUUUGGAAGAAACAACAUCUGCUAUAACAAUCUGCUGGCCAGGGGCAGUGGGAGUGGAUAGUCCUGAUCAGGGUUUGGCUGCUGGAGCCAGAGGCUGGUUCCCAGCAGAAGGACCCUCAGCCCUGUGGUUGUGAUUUCCUGGUGGCAGUUAAGAGCUUUCCAAAAAGAAGAAGAGAACAAAGCUAUUUUCUGUAGUGUGUUUUCUUCCAAGACUGAGUGGAAACCCUGCAGGGAGGCACGAGCUGCUGGACACCAUGACGGGCAGGAUGUUGUGAUGGCUUGAUGGGCUUGCCGAGGGGCACAGCUCCCCACAGCUCUGCUGCACCCUGUCCUGGGUUAUGCUCCAGGACCUGCCCACACCAGGACUGUGCUGCUUGGUCAGCAAAAAGGUAUGGCCAGUGCUUGGUGGGGUGGUAGGAGUAUUUUCCUGUUCAUCACUUGGAUGGAGACCAUUCACAUCCCUGCACAUGGGCCGUGCAGCCUCAGUUAUUGCUGGACUCCAUUGGACUUGUGUAAUUAAGCAUGAGAAAUGCCUGAAAGCACUCUGCCUGCCUCACAGACAGCAGAAGGCACCUAGAGGGUCCCCUGCCCUCAAAUGCAGAACAAAACAUCAAAAAAAGUGUUCACAGAUUUGCAGAGCUGCAAGUAUUUGAGAGCGUGGACAGCAGGGCUGGGUUUGUUCCUGCCUCUGCACUGGAGGGAAUGUCCUUGCUCAAGGGCUGGAAGAUGGGUGAAAUGCUGGUGAGGAAAGGGUCAAAACACAUCCCCCCAACUGAGAGCAAAAGAAAAAUGUUGGCAGAGCAAACCUUGCCACACGAAUAAAAGGUUGUCCUGACUGUUCAUAUUACUCCACAUGGGGGUUCUGUCAGCUCCGUGUGGAAACUGACAUGGGUUUUGAGCUGCUGGCUACAGCAAGGGUUGAAGGCUUCUACCCCUAGUGUAAAUGACUCAACAUAAAUGAAGAGUUCAGGUCUUGGAGAAGCUGUCUUCUUGAGGAAAGGAGCUAUCUUUGUGUCCUGUUGUUUGUCACCAAGUAGUUCCAUUCCUUUGGAGUUCAAUAACCAUGGGGCCACCAAAAAAAGAACAGGAGGAGGAGGAGGAGCAGAGCAUAAUCCUGAUCAGUGAUGAUGAAUCUGAGACCACGCUUGGGAACUCAGUUCUGCUCGUAGAUCCACUGAGUAAACCUGCCCUGGAAGAGGAGAAAUCUGAAGAAGUUGUGGAUGAGGAAUGUGAACUAAUGGUUACUUUCUGUAAACAAGCAAAUGUGAUGCCUCAUGCAAGACAUGACUGCACAAUACACCCCUUUGAGAGAACAGAAUGUGAUAGGUGCUCACCCCUGGGGAAAAAUGCUGACAUUUGUGAUCAGUGCUACUGCUACAUCUGUGAUAAACUGGCCUCUGAGUGCCAGAAUUGGACAACCCCUUCCCUCUGUCACUGCAAUGCACACAACAAAAGCAAGUUCUGGAAGGACCAACGUGACUUUGCCCUGGCUGGUGUCCUGGUCAUGUUUGGGUUUGAGCUCACGGACAUCGACGCGGAGCUUCGGCGCGGCGGAGAUCUUCUACUAAAAUUUAUCCAGGAGCUUUCUGUGGAAUAUAAUAAGUAUCUGAUUGGAGAAAGAAUGCCUUCCAUACAAGAGGAAUGCUUUUGCCUCCCAAAACUGCCCCCUGGGCAAUGCAAUGUCUGCAGGUCACGCAACACGGAGGUUGUGUACAGGUAUUCUGGAGUUUUUGCACUGGUGACAAGAUUUUUAAAUCAGGCAGAAACAGAGAGUCCUAAAGCUGCUGCUGUCAUGCUUCUGGGAGCAGCCAAAGAGAUAGCACUUCAUAAAGACCCUGCUUUAAGCUGGCAGAACCUUGGCCAUACUGCUUCCUUGAAGGUAGCUGUCCCUUGUCUGUUGCAAAGGAUCACAACACAACUUCAGAGGAUGCUGGUGUUGUGUGAUUUUCCAAAGAGUCUAUAUGAGAAGUUUAUUAGCUUUUUUCAGUCCAUCUCACUUCCGUGUCACUGUUUUGGCUUCUCAAAUAGCUUGAAUGUUGUGCCAUGGGACCACGGGUUACUGACCACGGUUUUAAAAGGCCAGAACAUCACUGGUCACAGAACACAGAAAGGAAGGAAAGUUUUUCUGUGGGAAGCACUCCCUGUUAUAGAGGCUCGAGUGGAGAAAUUGGAAGACAACAUGAACUACAAAGAAGUUGUUCGUUACCUGAGAGCUGUGAAAUGCAAUGAUACCAUUGGGUUGAGGGAUCUCAGAGAUAAAAUCCCCUUCUACUUGUGUAAGAGCGGAGACUUCCUGGACGCGACGCACUCGCUGCUGUUCCCGGUUGGCAGCCUGGCCUGCUGCACGGCCUGCAGGCUCACCCCCUGCCAGUUUGAGGUCUACCUCAAGAUGUUCCGAACAGGCAGUGUCCCCGUUGGAAAGAAUAUGCUGGACUCUGGGCCCUGGCUUACAGUGGGGUCUCCCUUGAAAAAUGGUGUUCUAAUCAAGCAGGCCCUCAGGCUCCUUUAUAGCAACAUCUCCCUCUACAGGAAUCCUAAAUGCUGGAGUUCCCUCAUCAUGAUCUUGGGGAGUAGCAGUUUACUGGAAAGAAGUGGGCACCUACAUCCUCUGACCCUGAAAGAGCCACCACUUGACUUCCAAAAGGGGGUGCUCGCUGUCGGUGGGGGCCUCCUGGAGGACCUGAAGGCAAGAAUUAAUGUUUCUUUGCCAUCUGCUAUUUUCACUCCUCAUUUGCACCAUGAGGCCUGUCUUAUCCUUGCAGUACAAGCAGUACAGCAGAUGCUUUUUUGUGAUCUUCCAUACUUGAAUUCCUUCUUAGAGAUAACCCUGGCUUUUGGGAAUAACUUUUGGGCUCUGAGAUUGUUAUUGGAGCAUCUUUCCUAUGAAGAACAUAUUCUCCAGGGCACUGUCAACCUGAUCUUGAGAGAUCUAAAUCGUCAGAAAGCAACAAUGUUCAAACUGUGGCAAAACCUGGGUCCCCAAUAUGUGGGAGAAUUCCUGUGCCUGUUCCUGACCUGCAGACACAGGAAGAUGCAAUCCAUUGGCCUCUUUGCUCUGAACAUCAUUACAGAGAACCUGCAUGUGUGUCCAUGGGCAAAGCAUCUUUGCAACUUCUUUCACAACGUAGGCUUAAGGCACCUGCCCCUUGGCACUGCAGCUCAUAAUGAAGUCUCCAAGUUCAUAAACAUUUUUGAAGAACUAUAAUUUAGCAGAAACCUCUAGGAAUGUUUUCCAAUUGGUCUUCAUUGGAGAAAUCUCUUCCUGGAGUCCCUUGUGUUCGGUUUUGGUUGUUAUCUCCAGAAACGUUCAGCUAAGAUCUGACUUCAGACAGAUCUAAGAAAUAAAAUCCUUGGCUAAGGUGGUGAAGAGUAGCUGCAUUUCAGUGACAGGUUUUGGAAAUUUCCUGUCUUGCAGGCCCACAGAUUAAGCAGUUGUUUAAAGAGGAAGAAUGUUUAGGUUUUUGUUUUGUUUCUUUUUUUUAAGAAGCCAUUCUACAGAGAGAUGCUGAUCACAGGGAAUGAGGGGAGAGAAACACAGAGGCAGCAAAAAGCACCACAGGUCUGUACCUGUGUUGCCCAGGUGUGCUGUGGGGGAGGUGUCUGCAGCACAACAGCUGCUGAGGGAGCUGAAGUAUCACAAAGGAAAAGUGCCUCUCCACAGGUGUCCAGCAGUGUGUGAGUGCUGUCUGCACACCCUCUUGUCUUUACUGUGUCAUUAUGAAAAUUAAACCACUCUUGAAGCUGAAGGACAUUAACUGAAGCUUUCUGACUUGCUUCAAGGAACCAGAUUCAGGAAGGCCCAAUGCAGUAAAUAGCUUGUUUUGUUUGUAAAUAAGAGUCUGGUUUUCAGGGCUUUCCAGUUAUGUGGCCUUGUUUUUAUGUUCUAUAUAGAUGCUGGACUGGUGCUGAUGGCUCUCUGGGUUUCUCAAAUCCUUAUUAUAGUGAAUAGAGAAGUAUUUCUACUCUUUACGCUCUUGUAUUUAUACUCUUGGCCCUGCUAUACCUGUCUGCCUUGGUUUGGCAGCUGGGGAGAAGAAUCUUAAGAUGUCUUGAACUGUAUUUUGCACAUUUAAGGCUUUCAGUGGCUUUUGCAGCUUUUGUUAUCUCAGUAAGUUCCGUUGUUUUUCAAGUUUUCUACAAAUGUGUACAUGCCUCCAAAUCCACACAAUGUUAAGUAAAACUCUGUAGAAAUUC